AUGGCACGUCACGCGGCGCGGGUGGUGCUGGCCUGCAGUGUGCUGGGCUUUGUGUGCUUUGUGCCGCCGCUAACCGCCGCGCGAGGCCGCAUUCGCGAAGCUCGCGCUGCUCUGGCAGCUGUCCCCGGGGUGGGGCUCUUGUCCGAAGAGACGCAGACAGUGUCGCUCGCUCCAGGACCGCUGGGGUUGGAGGUGGAUGCGCCCACAGGGCUGGUGCAGAAAGUGCUGGAGGGGGGCGCCGGGGAGAAGGCCGGGGUGCAAGCUGGGUGGGUCUUCCAGACUGUGGGUGGCAAGCCCUAUGAGAUUCUGGCGCUCAAGGAGCUCACGCGGGGGGAGGCCUCCUAUGAAGCCUCCUUCGCACUGCCCAAGGCCAACCCCACCGCCAUCUUCUCCACGUCCAUGGGGGACAUCGAGGUGGAGAUCUUUUUAGAUCGCGUACCACGCACCGCCUCCAACUUCAUCGACCUGGCGCAGAGCGGCUUCUAUGACGGCGUCCACUUCCACCGAGCCCGGGAUCCCCAGGCGAAAUCCUGA